GUUCAGUGGCUCUACAGACGCCACAGAGUCUGACUCUAUCUGCAGACGGGCUUUUUGGGCAUUUGCUGAUGUUAAAUCGCCCAAAUAGUGAACAAAAGCAGUCAAUUUUCUACAGAAUUCCUUCAAAAUGAGGGCGAUGAACAAAAAGAUACUUUGCGUCAUGCUAAUAAUGAUUUCGACGCGCAGCUUUGUUUCAACUGCUGCCGUGAGCAAUGUAACACCGUCAAGUGCAAACAAGGUGAAUGCUCCGGCGGCUGCGACCUUGCCACAGCAGCAGCAGGACGAUGUUGCUCAAUUACAGAGUUUGAAAGGCAACCCAACACCUGCAAAACAGCCAGCAGCGCCCGUGAAAUUGCCUCCAGAUCUCAUUGCAAAGCGGAUGCCACUAAUUGGGAACCCUUCACCCUUCUUAAGUGCACCGCAGCCACUUGUCGGACCGAGAUCGCUGGAAAUUGUGGCGCGCGAAUUGGGAGUGUCCCCUAUGCAACUGGCAGAGUACGUGUUCUGGACGGGAGACGAGCAAGGAGUUUCACUUGCCAUCCAGGAGUUCCUGCAGCAGGGUCUGAUUUCCCGUGAAGAAGCGGUCACAUUUUUGCGAGAGAUCCGGCAGAGCAUCACCAUCUUGCAAAACUACUACGCGGAAAGGAAGGCCGAGCAACAGGCGGUAGAACAAGAAGCCUUGGAAAGGGCCGCUGCUCUCCAAGAAGCUCUUGCAAUCAGCCGCCUACAUCAGGAACAGCAACGCCAGCAGGCCGAAAGUAACAAAGCAAUGUCUGAAGACGAAUACUCAGACCUGCUGCAACACCUUAAAGAUUCGGAUGCCCAAUACACUGAAUACUCUCUGGAAGAGGUCAUUUACCAACUGGCCAAAUUGCUUUUUACCCAAAAUUUGGUUUCAGGAAACGGACAGGCUGAAGCUCAAAAUGUAAUGAGAAAGUUUUCAACCUUUUUGAAGGAGGAACGAUCACAAAUGCCACAGCAAAUCCAGCGAAAAGUUUUUGAGGUUCUGAGCGCCGCCUUGGUGGACGCGAUGCGUGAACAGCCCCUUUUGGCGGCAACACCUUCACCACCGGCCACGGCACCACUGGCCACGAAAAACACAAUCAGGAAGACGUAAUUCAUGGCAAGAAAAGAAGGAAAUAUUCAUUGUAUGGUAAAAUAUCCGAAAAACGCAUUUCUUGAUCGAUUAUCAACUUCCCCAUCUUCUCUCUCAAAUCUUCUCCCAUUAAUAAAGAAUUUGUGUAAUGAAAAGAAACAAUAAAUAAUGCUUUUGGAGAAAAUAUAUCAAAAAAGGAGCAGACUGGGAAUUUGUAGAAACGUGUAUUAAAAGCUUGGUGGUGAUGUAAAUUAGUCUAAUUAAAUAGGUAUUCAUUUAUAGGUUUUUAAGUUGCGCGGAUUGUAAUAAACCUUUAACGUACCACGCUGCUAAAGAAUAAAUAUGCUGUGCAAAACAAAUAAUCGUGUACCCUUGUGGUUUCCAGUUUGCUCCACUAAAAAUGCGUGUUAAACCUUAAUAAAAUUAUUGUUCGUGGUUGCUGUAAACUUGUUUUCAAUAUCAGUGCGCAUGAAAAAAAUCAUCAUCAAUUUUUUUUUUGAUAUAUUACAAGAAAAUUUGCUUAAUAUGACAAUGAUCAUUCCAACGAAACAUUUUCAGCACGUUUUUGUUUAAAUAUGACUGAACAAAUUGGACUGCUUAAAUCCAAAGUACUAUUAAAUUAAAUUUAAUAUAACCAAAAUUCAUCCUUCAAAUAUAUAAUAAAUUAUGCAAAUUACUGUGUAGAAAAAUGCUUUAAAAAUAACUGAUGCACAUAAAAUAUUUUGAACUGCAUUUAAAACUCAUGUAGAAACCAGUAGAAACGCCAGUUCUAUUGCUUUUAUCAAUCCUCCAUCAACCCAUAUAUUUGUGACAAACCAAAUGUGAAUGAAUAAAAAAUAGGCCGUAAUCAGAAGGACAGCAAACCAAAAUUAUUUUAGAACCUAUUAAACGUU